AUGGUAUGUGCUGCAUCAACAUCGAAAAUUGAAACAAACCCCAAUUUGGAGAUAAUUGGUGGCCAUGACGCCAACAUCAUCGACUACCCCUGGCAAAUAUCAUUCCAGCAUAGACUAUAUCAUUUCUGCGGUGGAUUUCUGAUUUCCGACACAUGGGUGGUCACAGCUGCACACUGUAUAUUCGAAGGAUACAGCGAUACCGAAAAUCUCAACAUUCGUGUAGGAUCAUCAGAAUGGAGCGCUGAGGGAAAACUCCAUUAUGUGAAGAGAUACAUCACGCAUCCUCAGUACAAUAUCACCACUAUGGACAACGAUAUCGCUCUACUUGAACUUGCUGUUCCCGUUGAUUUCAACGAAUCCGUCAGACCAGCCAGACUACCCGUAGCCGGACAAGAGAUCCCUGAUAAUGCCCAACUCACUAUCACAGGAUGGGGAGCCUCCUAUGUUGGAGGACAUAAUGAAUAUACUCUCCAAGCAGUCACCAUUCCUACCGUCAAUAUAAAUGUAUGUCAAAGUGCUAUAACAAAUGAUACAAUCACCAACAACAUGUUCUGUGCUGGCUUGAUCGGAGUUGGCGGCAAAGACUCCUGUCAGGGUGAUUCUGGAGGUCCAGCUGUGAUUGACGGUCAAGUUGUUGGUAUUGUCUCAUGGGGAUAUUCUUGUGCUGAUCCUGAAUAUCCAGGUAUAUAUGCUAAAGUUUCCGCCUUCAGGGACUGGAUAUCUGAAGAAACUGAAAUUUAAAUACAUUGAUCAUUAUUGAAAUAGAAAUUGUUGAAGUAAGUGUCCGC